AUGUCCGGUAGUGUCGAGGUCGGAACUGUGAAAACGCAUUCGAGUGAAAAGGAAUCGUCACAGUUGAGUGAGAAAACUAAAGCAACUGUGGUCAGCGACACGAAAAAAACGUCAAAAGAAGAUGAUUUGAAGAAAAUGCCAAAGCCAAAGGAAGAGAAAUCAGACGCAGGAGACGUGAUCGCUGAAUCAGUGGAAUCUGCUGGCGUCUGCUCGACGUCUCCGUGUCCGUCAACGGUGAAACAGGAAUUGUCGGAGACGGUUAGCGGUAGUGAUGAGGAAGGUCGACUCUUGAGGGCAACAUCACGACAACGCGAUAGACGCAAGUUGUCGAGUCGCGAACGUCGUGGCACUCAAUCGCCUGGCUCAGCGAAUGGUAGUGAUCAAACGGCCACUAAAGACAACGAUGAAGCCACAAAGGACAAAGAUAAAUGUGCUGGAAAUGAGAGGAAAGAAAGGAGCAAAAAAAUUGUUGACGAAAGCUAUCAGCCAGCCACUGUGUUCGUCGUUUCAAUUUAUUCGCGUUGUCGUUUUUAA